GAUAAUCUGGCAAGGGUGAGCAAAAGGUAAACAUUGGCAGCCGCAUCACCCGAGAAGCUCCGCCAUGAACAACAACGACGCAGAGCUCAACGAUGGCGAGACAGAGACCAUCGCCAGCGACACCCAGAAGCCGGAAAAGAUGUUCACGCUUAAGAAGUGGAACGCGGUGGCCAUGUGGAGCUGGGACGUGGAGUGUGACACCUGUGCUAUCUGCCGUGUGCAAGUCAUGGAUGCGUGCUUGAGGUGUCAGGGCGAGAACAAGCAGGAUGACUGUGUGGUGAUCUGGGGCGAAUGUAACCACUCCUUCCACAACUGCUGCAUGAGUCUUUGGGUGAAGCAGAACAACCGCUGUCCGUUGUGCCAACAAGAGUGGUCUGUUCAGCGGGUUGGCAAAUAGUUCAGCACAGCCUUGGGUCUUGUGCUGCACCAAAAGGCUGUGUUGUGCUCGAGUGAGUCAGGAUAAGGAAUGGCUGCGAUGAAAUUAGCAAGUAUUGUAUAAAGAUAGGGAUUGUGUGUAUAAUUUUGUAUACUGGUAUGUUAUGUGUGGUGUGCGUGUGUGUGUGUGCGUGUGUGUGUGUGUGUGUGUUCAAACUAGCUUAUCCUAAUUGUAUUUUUGCUGGAUUGAGUCUAGCUUGUACUGUCCAGUGUCCAGGCUUUUGAAACUUUUUAGAUUUAUAUUUAGAAUUUAAGUUUUUAGCAUUGUGUGUGUGUGUGUGUGUGUGUGUGUUAUUGAAUUUGUUUGAUAAAAAUGAGUUGAUUGAUAGUUUUGACGAGAAUAAGAACAUCAAUAUACUGUUCUGUUCAAGCAAAAAAUAUCCCUAUUCUAUUUCUGAUUGGUGAAAUGUAUGAAUGAUUUUUUAUUGCCAGUCGUGUGUCUGAGAAGUUUGCUGGAGAGUGACAGAAACAGGAUUUGUGCUCCAAGUCAUUAGUCUAUAGCAUUAACAUUAACUUGAGAUGAAUAUUGUAUUGUAAGAUCAGUAAUUAGAAAAAAAAAUAUUAUUACAGUUAUAGUGCUACUUCUUAUCUUUCAUUGGAAGAUUUAUAAUUAUGUGGAUUCAAUUUACUUACUCAUCUUCUUAUGGAACCACUAGUCUGCUGUUAGUGGUAUGAAACUGAAAUAUACCAAAUUGUAUUAGAUAAAAUUUGCUUCUUUUACAACUGUAGACAAAGAUAAGUGAUAUUUUUUCUUUCAAAUUUCCUAGCCAUAAAUCCAUCAGACUUUUCUUAGUUUGGCAGUUUAUCUUCCCCAGUGUCAUGACAUUUUUAUAUUGGUUCCUCAAAAUAUCUUGUUAUCAACACCUCCAUCCCAUGUCCAUGAUAUUACUUUACCCUGAGGGGAAUAAUAAAUGAGUUUUCCUUA